AUGGGGACGGAGUUAGGGUGGAUUAAGGCGGCAGAGCCGCAGAGGGGAGGAGAUGAAAGGCCCGGCCCGCUAAGAAAACACAACCUUCCCCGGAAGCCGCCAGGCCUGCGGGCUAAGGCACCUCGCUCCUCAGUGACUCCCGACCUCACCACCGGGAGCCACCAGCCCUUGCAGCUGCAGACGCGGCCACCGCCGCUGCCUCCCCACAUCACGGAGCAUGACACUGCUGUGGAGUCGUCUGGCAAGCGCCCUGUUGCUCACCCGGGACGUUGGCGAGACAGUGACUGGGACAAGGCAGGUGCAGUCGGCAUGGCUUGUCCUCACCACAAGGUGCUCCCUGCCACUGCUGCCACCUGGAGCCAGCGCUCGGCCUGGUGGGAUGUGACCAGCAACUCUGGAGGCCACGGCUAUGAAGUGAGCGUGGCAGGAGCGAGAGAGAAACCGGGGCCAGGAGCCAAGGAGAACGAGCGGGUGCGGGAAAUCCUGCUGCUGACCGCCGGCCACUGCCCGCUGACCGCCGGCCACUGCCCACUGCCCGCGCCUUCGAGGCCUGAGGAGCCGGGGAUGCCCGCAGCACGGCCGUCCAGGACGUGCCUGCGCCUUACCCCGCGGGAUGGCUGCGUCCCGGCUGCGGAGCACUGCUUGCGGGAGGCAAUCCUGGCCAAGUUCCUGUACUGGCUGAUGGACACGUAUGUGGCCGAGCUGCUCAGAUCAUUUUUUUAUGUCACGGAGACCACGUUUCAGAAGAACAAGCUCUUCUUCUACCGGAAGAGUGUCUGGAGCAAACUGCAGAGUAUUGGCAUCAGACAGCACCUUGAGAGGGUGCAGCUGCGAGAGCUGUCGGCAGCAGAGGUCAGGCAGCGCCGGGGAGCCUCACCCACCCUGCUGACGUCGAAACUGCGCUUCAUCCCCAAGCCCAACGGGCUCCGGCCAAUCGUGAAUAUGGACUAUAUUGUGGGAGCCAGAACAUUCCACAGAGAAAAGAAGGCCCAGCAGGUCAAGGCACAGGUCAGGACCCUGUUCAGCGUGCUCAACUACGAGCGGGGGCGGCGGCCCGGCCUCCUGGGGGCCUCCGUGCUGGGCAUAGAUGACAUCUACAGAGCCUGGCGGGCCUUCGUGCUGCGCCUGCGGGCCCAGGACCCCACACCCAGGCUGUACUUCGUCAAGGUGGACGUGACGGGGGCCUAUGACACCAUCCCCCAAGACAGGCUCGUGGAGGUGAUCGCCAGCAUUAUGCAGCCCCCAGAGAACACGUAUUGUGUGCGCCGGUAUGCGGUGGUCCAGAGAACAGCCCACGGGCACGUCCGCAAGCUCUUCAGGAGACACGUCUCCACCCUCACGGACCUCCAGCCAUACAUGCAGCAGUUUGUGGAGCAUCUGCAGGAGACGGGCUCGCUGAGGGACGCCGUCGUCAUCGAGCAGAGCUCCUCUCUGAAUGAGACCAGCCGCAGCCUUUUCAAUUUCUUCCUGCACUUCGUGCAUGACAACAUCAUCAGGAUUGGGGGCAG